CCCUUAACUAAAUAGAGGCGUAUGUCUGCAAGUUAGCUUGCGAAGGACCAGGAAGCUGGAUUCAAAAGCCGUACUGGAGUAAAUCCUCGCAAAUCCUCCAUUUCGUGCAAAUCGGUUGAGAUUUCAGUUUUUUAGUUUCAAAAUGCCAUUGGCAUAUCAGUGUGAAGUGGUCGAUUGCCAUGUGAAUCGCAACUGGGCCAGCAAGCAUAAUAGAAAAAUCCCAUUUCACAAAUUUCCCGUGAACAAAUAUCUGAAUACGAAGUGGGCAGCUUUUGCGAACGAGACUGCCAGCUGGAAACAAUCGAAGAGAUCUGCAAUAUGCUUGAUGCACUUCAGAGAGCAGGAUUACAUGGGGACUUCUGAUGCAAAUAAAGAAACCUGUGGAAGGCUGCGUGCCUGUGCGAUACCAUCGAUCCAGCACAAUAUUUCAGUAACACAACAAGAAGCAGACUACCAAGAAACCUUUUCCGAUGCAUGCCAUCAAGAAGCGAUGAAUCCAAUGCUUUUGAAGUACCGUGAUCAAUUCUGCAGAACGUGUUUAAAGUACUGCAAAGACAAUUCUGCAAUGACGGAUUCGAUCAACUCUAAAAUAAAUAACAUCACUGUUCUCGAUAUGCUUGUACAUCUCACGGCGUUCGAAACAGAUGAUAAUGAUGCAUUCCCAAGCGUCAUUUGUUUGGAAUGUAAAACAAAAUUAAUAAAGGCGUUUAACAUACGCCAAGCGUUCAUCGCCAAAGCAGAAUAUUUGGUCCAAAUGGUUGCCGAAGAAAAACUUGUGGACUACUUUAAUACUGCUAUAACUAAGGCUCAAACAUUUAAUAAGCCCAAAUCACCAAAGCGAUUCAUUUUUACUGACAUAAAUCAAGCACAUAAAAAUCUUUCAAUCGAACCUCCAGUUGCGAUCCAAGGUCCGACCUCACAAAGCAACCCCGGAACAUUGGACGAGAAAAAUGUGGAAACAAUCAAACAGUACAUCGCACAGCAAGAUAAAUCCGAUCUCAAUGAUCAUUCAUGUUACACCAAGAUUGCCGAAAACGAAGAUCCUGAUAAAAACGAUGAUGUCGAUCAGCAAAUUGGUCCCGAUGAAAGUAAAGCGGAAACGGAGGAUAUUUGUACACGCAGCAACACACCAGAAAGUCAAUCUAAUGAAAAUCAGGAACAAAACGACGCUUGGCAUAAAUUUAUGGCCGACUGUGAAAAGGAAAAAUCUAUUAAACGAAAGCUAAAGGCUGAACAGCGACGAGCGCUCAAUUCCCAGCAAGGUAAACGGAUCAACAAAGAAAUACGACAGUUGGAAGAAGAAGCUCUCCGAUUAUUUCCACUUACCACAUGUUACGUAUGCGACAAACAACACAAUUCAAUAAUGGAAUGCGAUUUUCACAUGCGGGAACAUAUCCCUAUGCUCCCUUACCAAUGUAAUGAAUGUAUGGUGGAAAACAACCAAAGCGAUGCAACAGCGACUGGCGAAAAAUUUCGCCCGUUGGUAUUGAAAACAACGAAUCUGUUAAACCUACAUUUCAGGAUGCAUCGAUUGCCGCACAAAUGUGACAAAUGUUAUCGACAGUUUGAAACGAUAUCAAGGAUGAAACGUCACCAGAACAACACUCAUAAUUGUGGUGAAAAUGGGUUCACUUGCGAAUAUUGCGGAAAGCAAUAUUUCCAUAAAAUAUUCUUCAGGAAACAUGUGCGCACUCAUCGAUACGUUUUAGAUGGUUUUUUCAAAUGCUCGUUCUGCGAUCGUACGUUUGGUGUGAAAAGUUCCCUCCAACGGCAUGAAGCAUCCCACACUGGCGAGAAAAAGUAUAAGUGUAUGUACUGCGAAAAAUCUUUCAGCACGUCGUAUAAUCGGCUCAAUCACCAUAGAAUUCACACUGGAGAACGACCUCAUAAGUGCCUUGAGUGUGGUCGAGCAUUUGCUCAAAGUACCGCACUCUUAAAGCAUACGUGCACACCUGGUCAGGUGAGACCUUCGAAAUUACGAAAUGAUUCGGGGCCCCCGCUGCUUCCCAGCAAGGAUGGUCGUUGUCCAUACCCAGGGUGUGACUAUACGGCUACCACAUACGGUGCAAUGUAUGUGCACAAGCGCACGAAACAUACCACUUUGUAUCAAUGCAAGAUAUGCAACAAGUCGUAUGGUUUCGCGAAUCAAUUGAACGCACACUUGAGGCUGCACACGGGCGAAAAACCGUAUCAAUGCAAUUUAUGCGAACGAAGCUUUCGGGAUUUGCAAAUUUAUCGGCGACAUUUAAAAACGCACACCACCGAUACCAGCUUUGCCUGCGAGAUCUGCCAGAAGAGCUUCAAACUGCCGCAAUAUCUGCAGGCACAUAUGCAGACCCAUUCAUCGGAGCGCAAGUUUUCGUGCGAAAUUUGUGGAAAUUGCUACAAAACAAAAGGUGAACUAAAGAAACACAUUCAACGCAAACAUGGUGACGAGAAUAAUGAUAGCAGAAAUGAAGAUGACAUAAUCAUUAAAGUAGAAUUUUGCGAGGAAGUACCUACAUCUAACGUGUAGAUAUAGCAAGUCCAUAGAUAUAGCUAAUUAUUUUAAAGUUAUUGUAAUUUUUCAUGCUUGUUUUUGUAGUUUCAUAUAAACUUGUAGUAGGUUUACACUCGUUUGACCUUCGACGGUAUGCUUAAUUGUACAGAAAAAUAAGACAUGCUAUCAUACUUCCAGGCUUAAUCUUAAGAUAGCAAAUUGAGUUCCAGCAAUGCAUCAGAGCGGAUCGUUAGCAGUGCCCGGGGUUAGCGAAACUAAGGUUAUCUUACAGCACGACCGCGUGGUAACGGCGAGCUGGAGCUCAAGUCAGAUAAAUUCUAGCCGCCGCACAUCUCGUACUGUUUGAGUAAUCAAGAGGAUUACGAGUUUCGUGCGAUCUGACAAACGGAAGGAAAUAUUCCUUUCGUGACGGCGGGUGAACAGCCACAAUUUGACUGCGCACUAGCGUGGUUGGUUAGCAGUGCUCCUGGCCGCAUGGUGGCAGUCAAAAUGUGACGCCUACAGUAAAUCAGAUUAAUCACAGAAAAUCAGGACAUAUGGCCUUAGUAGCCGAUCCUUAACCAUUAGAGGUCUAUGUCUCCAGGUUAGCUUGCGAAGGCCCAGGAAGCUGGAUUCAACAGCCGGCUGGAGUAAAUCCUCGCUGAAGAAGAAGAAUAAGAAGAAGAUUGCAAAUUAUGUCGAGGAAAAAAGUCAAUAAAGAGCGAAAUUAUAUGU